UACAACGUCCUCCCACUAUAACCACGUGUGCGUGGCUCUGGGAGCGCGCAGCCCAGCGAUCGGUGUCAUGUGAUCAGCUGUGUCAAAUCACAGCUGAUCACAUGGGACAUGUACAUUGAUCAUCAGGGCACUGUUGAUCAGUGUUCCCUGAUGAUCAGUGUAGCCCCAGCAGUGCCACCUGUCAGUGUCCAUCAAUGCCACCCGCCAGUGCCCAUCAGUGCCACAUCAAUGCCACAUAUCAGUGCCCAUCUGAGCUGCCAGUCAGUGCCACCUAUCAGUGCUGCCUAACAGUGCCAGUCAGUGCCGCCUAUCAGUGCUGCCUUUCAGUGCCACCUAUCAUUGCUGCCUUUCAGUGCCACCUAUCAGUGCUGCCUUUCAGUGCCCAUCAGUGA